AGAGCAAGGAAGGCCUGUUGGUAGAGGAGAGUUGUUUAUCAUGACUCAUAAGAAAAAAGAUGGCUCGUAUAUCCAUCCCGAUGCGCGUGUUGUUAGUGAAGCAAUUGCGAAUGUUGAGAGGCAGGAUGGAUCCUCUAAGAACCUUUCACAAAAUGACUCGCUAGCACAAGUUCUCGGAAAGGAGCACCCAGGACGAGUUCGUGCCCUAGGUGCUGGACCAUGUCCCACCCAAGUCUUUGGUAACGCUGCUGGACAACCGUCGGGUUCUGCAGAGUCCAAUGCAGAGGAUAAGAGGAUGAUUGCAGAGUUGACGGCUAAGCUAGAAGAAGAGCGGGCGAAGAGACAGCCAAUACAUAAGGUCUUGGGAUAUGUAGUCCAACAGUUAGGAGGCAAUUUGCCAGUUGAGAUUGCGGAAGAGCUGGCUUUUGUGGGCGGUACACCGGACUCGUCAUGCGCAGGGCCAUCUUCAUCUGACAAUCACGACCCGCAACAAAAAUUUUGA